AUGAGUUACUACAUUUUUAUUAAAGAGCUGGACGGAACAACAAGAGCAGUAAGUGUGGAUUCAGAGGAGGAACUGAAGAACAUGACUGUUGAAGAGUUCAGAAGAAGAUUCAGUCCCGAAGACAAAUUGGACCUCAGAUUUAUCUUCGAGGGCAGACAACUGGAGGUGGGUCGUACACUUGGCUCUUAUGGCGUACUAAACGAAUCUACUAUUCAUGCAGUUCAACGUCUACGUGGUGGAGAGAGCUGUGCACCUGAAGAUGAAGAUGAAGAUGAAGGAAUGUCCAGGACUCAAUCAAUGGAAGUAUUAGCUGAAAUGCAGAAGACUGAGCCAGAGUAGAUCAUGUUGCAUUUCAGUGCAGCCUCAUAUAAAUCCACAUACUGUACAUACUGUAUAUUCAUCCUGUGGGUGUAUCUUUCAAAUUUACUACCUUAAAAUAUACUAUCAAAGGAUAUUAUCUUCUGAUUUCAGCCUUUUAAAGUCAAAUAUUUCAUGACACAAGUAAAAUUAUAAUGACACUUUGUGCAGAUAUGAAAAAUAGAAAACGAACGACUCGCCAAAAAGCACCACGUAUAGCUAAAGUUUCAGCCCUUCAGUGCAGCGUCCAUAAAGAACACAGAUGCGCUUCCCUGCUGACUGUAUGAGUUUUAUUAUCAAAGAUUAUAAAGACA